AUGUUCAAGACUGACCCACAGGCAGCCAGAUCUUAUCUUCACGUGUUUCACGCUCUUAUUGUUAGAAUUCCUUAUCGCACGUGCAACAUCAACAACGCCGAAAAGGCCGGCAAGCGCCAGGUCCUUCUUCGCCCUUCCUCCAAGGUCAUCGUCAAGUUCCUUGAGCUCAUGCAGCAGAAUGGAUAUAUCUCGGAGUUCGAAGAGGUAGAUGAUAACCGCGGAGGCUAG